UUAACCCAUUUUACUGACUUCGCUGUUAAGAAGGAACUAAGCAUGCUUUAUCCAAUCCCUAUGCAAAGAAAGAAUCUCUCUACAAUGGGAAAUUUUCGUUUGGAAAAGUAAUGCUGACAGUGGUAGAUGCGUGCAGACUGCACAUGCACAAAUUAGAUGAGAGACUCCAUCAUUGUCCUGGGUUACCCUGUUUCUCAAUUUUUGUCAAUGAAUUGUCUUCUGAAAUUUCAACACUGCUCGGAGCUAUUUUGCUUGUAACUUCAAUUGCUUGCUAUUUUUCGAAUUCUGCUCUCUUACCUUUUAGUCCAUUCAGAGGAACUGUUACAGAUUGAAGCUACUAUAGACAGCAUGAAGCUUCCCUGUGUCCAUCUUUCAGACAUAAAUACCCGAGUCUACACUGAUGAUACCCUUUAUCAGUCAUGGCACAAAGAUUUGAAUUUAGCCCAGCAGUCCAUCCUCAUCGAAGCUGGUAUUCUCCCAUUCUUAAAGACAGUGACUUACAGGAGCAACAACCCACUUUGUACUGCAGUAAUUAAUUUCAUUGUGGAUGGCCAAUUGACUGUUGGACAAAGCAAGCUCCAAAUUACAGAAGAAGAAAUCCAUGAAGCAACUCGUCUGCCCAACUCUGGUAGAGAUGUCACUACCUCUACCGAUUGCAAUGGAAAUGAAAUUAUAGUUAGUCUCACUUCACAAACGGAUGCAUCUCGAUUAAUUAUGAAUGACAUCAUUGACCCCGUUGUGCAGUUUGCUUCCAAGUUUUUAGUGUACAAAGUAUUGGGAUAUACUAAGAAGUCAGAUUCUAUUCCUUUCAAGUAUGUUAAGACUGCCAUUGAAGUUGCUCAGGGUGUGCGUUUCAAUUGGUGCAAGUUUAUCAAGGACAAAAUGUUGCAGCAGAUUGAAGUUAUUCAAAGAGAACACAAGGGCGUAUUUACAUACCCAACCGUCCUCCAAUUUCUGGCAUUGAAAGCCUUUAACAGGAACUACAUUCCUCGCAGUUCUAUUGGAGAAGGAGAAGCAUCUAUCAAUGCAUACAACUGCUGUGGAAAGAAUGCUACCAACAGUACUAAGGAGAAAGAAAUUAUUGACGAGGGACUUAUGUGUAUAGUAGCAGACAUCAUGAAUGAGCACAAAUAUCGUAUUAUUACUGAAAGUCCAAAGAAAACUGAAAAAAAUACAAAUCAAAGAAAGAGGAAGACUAAAGGCAAGACACCACAGAAGAAUGUUCACAAAUCUGUGCCUGAACUGGCCUCUUCAUCGAAAUCCCACACGGAUGAAAUGUCCAACACACUCCCAGGGCUGUCAAAUGAUAUCAAGGAAAGCGAUGGCGUUAACAGUAUGUUGUUGGCAUCUCCACAGCCAUCAGAGAGCGAGUGUACAGGUCCUUUUGACAAAAAAUUGAAGUGUAGUGACAACACAACGAAAGAGAAGUCCUCUCAACAAGUAGAAGAUCUGAAGGCCAUAGAAAGCAAAGGCAUGGGGUCAAAGGCUGACCUGGCUGCUGUGAGUGUGAAACAGGAAAUGGAAGUUUGUGGGAAAACUCAAGAGCAGGAUAAAGAUUGUGACAAAGAGCUUCAUAAUCUCCGAAUUGAGAACUCUCAGCUAUUGAACGAAAAGUUGCAGUGGGAAUUAGAAAGGGCUAUGCUUGAGGCUCAAAAAGAUCAACUAAUAGAUGAAAAGGCUCUUGUCCUUCAAGAGAACGAGCAGCUGGAGAUAGAAAAUUCAAAUUUGCGGGCAAAGCUUUUAGAAAAUGUUCAGCUAUCUGCAGAACUACAGAGAAAACUUACCAAGAUGGAAAAGUUUUGGGGUUGUAGUGCUUAAUGUUGUGCCAGUUGGGAAGUGCAGCAAAAUAUGAAAGCCCUUUGCCUUUUAUCCUUAGUCGGCACAAUAUGUUUCUGUUCUAUCGAGACUUUUGACUUGUGCUGAGAUGUAUAGAGAAACAAGAUCCAAAGUCUGUGCGUAUGACAGGUGUCUGCCUAUGUAAGACACUGAAAUGUUUCAAUUUUAGGAUUAGAAUAAUAAAAUUUACAGUUAAACUA